AUGGGUUCAUUGAAUAGCAGUAUUCAAAAAGAAUCGAGGCCUGAUUGGAUUGCGCCAACCUCAACACGUAAAGGUGAUGAUGUUCAGCAUAGUCGUUCAAUAUCAUUUGUCCAUAGCAAAUGUUUCACUAAGAAAUUAUCAAAUUUUCGCUGGCGACGAAAGUACCGACAAAUAUCACGCGAAGAUCAGCGUGCGUUUUGUGAUCUCAUCAGUCACUGGACAAGUACUGAGCUUGCUGCUUUAUUGACGGAAAUGGAAAGUGCCUGUAAGGUGCGGGAUUUGAUUUCGAUGGCUGAAGAAGCGCGACCUAGCACAUCUGUUCUAGCAAAAGAUCUGCUCAAUGCAUGGAAAAAUGAAGUAGUUUCUGACUGCUUUGUUAUACAUAAGGGACUCCGCUAUGCUGCUCAUUCCUUUAUACUUCGAGCGCGUUGUCGUUAUUUCUCUGAUUUUUGGAAUUCACUGGUUACACAGCAGUCGGAUAGUGCAAAGUUCGAAAUUCUAUUCAUGGAUAAUAGCAUAUCAUCAGAAACAUUCCAAGCUAUGUUGUAUUAUAUUUAUUCUGGUGAAUACGAUAAAUCAUUAUGUGAUUCCGACCGACAGUCAUUGAAUACUGUUUUGCAAAGGUAUGGUUGUGGUUCGUCGCUUUCUAAUGAUCUUAUGGCAGCAGAUUCCCAGAUAGGAGAAUGUACCUUGGUUUUUACAGCAGGAAACAAUGCAGAAUUUUUAGGAAGAGGGAGUCAUAGUGAAGAUCGUGAUUAUCGAGUAAAAUGUUCGGGAAUAGUUCUGGCAGCACGAUCCAGUUAUUUGCGAUCUAUGAUAGAAAAGCGUAUUUUAUGCGAUGAGGAGUUAGAAAUUGUCAUCAAUGAACAUCUUUUUCCACGCAUAUAUGCACGUAUUAUUUUGGAUGCGAUUUACACAGAUCGAUUGGAUUUGAAUAAGAUGCAAGAGAAAUAUCAAUUAUCAGUAAGCAGCUUGAGUGAAGUGCAAGCAAUCGCAUCUGGACAACGACAUCUUGCCUCUCUUCGUCAUGCCAUUGAUAUAUUCCACAUAGCACAGUUUAUGAAUCUUCCUUAUUUAAUGCAUGCCUGCGAGGACACUAUCAUAGCACAAAUGUCUAUAGAAACGGUAGGAAGUCUUUGGAAUUGGGCAUGCGAACCUGGCGGUUCUGCUUAUGUUCGACGUCAGUGCAUCGCAUUCCUUCGUUCAGAUUUCUCUCGAAUUUGUUCUUCACACAUACUUUUUGAGCUACAAGAAGACUUAUUGAGGAAUUGUCUGCUUUCCGACUAUGUUCAGUGUGCUGAAGUGAAAAUCCUGGAAACAGUAAUACGGUGGGGUGAACAUGAAUUGAUGCGACGGAUGGAGGAACGAGAACCAAAUUUGAUCGCCAAUACUAUCCACAGUGUUAGUCGGAAAGGCAUCCGCCGUUCUGAGUUGAAUGACGAAGAGUUGAAGAGUAUUUUGGCAGAUUUACUUCCUCUUGUUCGGAUCGAUUACAUUCUUCCUCCAUUCCACCGGAGUUUGAAUGCUGCUUAUAAACGGGGUCUGCUGGAUAGAUCAGCACACGUCGAUUUAUUGGGCCAGUGUUAUCCUGAUAGCAGAUCGCCGGAUGUGAAUCCUGAUGCACACUGGUUUGAUCACAGUGUACCACGCCGACAUUCUGCCGGACCACGGCUUCUAAUACCAUAUAUUGCACAAGUCCAGAAGCAGUUGAAACGUUUAUAUAGAAGUGGCGAAAAUAUAUCAUGCACAUUACAGCAAAAAGGUUCUCCUACCAAUGAACUGCAACUUGUUGUUAACAAUUUAUCGCCAGAAAUUAUUUCCGAAACUUUAAAACUAAAGGUUGAAAGGCGUUUGAAGGAAUUAGCUGAGAAUGAUUUAUUGAAGAAAAUAUCCUGCUGUGGUUGUUCACACCAUCUUGAGUUAGCCAUUGAACAGAUUCGUCUUCGUGUACUUCGAGAAUUAAAUAUGGAUGACGAUUGUUUGGAACUAUCAUGUAUUUAUCCGGCAUCAAAACGAAAUCUACUGCCACAUUAUUAUUCUAACGAACCAACAGUAGCUGUUGCCUCUGAUGCCGUCAAUAUUGACAUUUCACUUUCGUCUAGGGCUCUUUCUGACUACGGUAACCGCGGGAAAAGCUGCUUACCAGAUGUACUGUGCGAUGAAGCCACUUUAUAA